GGCACUGCACCAGAGAUGGAUACGCUGUACGGCAGGAAUAAGGAAGAGCACCCAGAGCCCAUAAAAGCUGAGGUGCAGGGGCAGUUGCCCACUUGGUUGCAAGGGAUCCUGCUCCGAAAUGGCCCAGGGAUGCACACCAUAGGGGACAGCAAAUACAACCACUGGUUUGAUGGGCUCGCUCUGCUGCACAGCUUUACCUUUAAAAAUGGUGAAGUUUACUACAGAAGCAAAUAUCUCCGAAGUGACACGUACAACUGCAACAUAGAAGCAAACAGAAUCGUGGUGUCUGAGUUUGGGACCAUGGCUUAUCCAGAUCCAUGCAAAAACAUAUUUGCCAAGGCAUUCUCCUAUUUGUCUCACACCAUUCCUGAGUUCACAGACAACUGUCUGAUCAACAUUAUGAAAGCUGGGGAUGAUUUUUAUGCUACUGGAGAGACUAACUUCAUCAGGAAAAUUAAUCCACAGACUUUGGAGACAUUGGAGAAGGUUGACUACAACAAAUACGUAGCUGUAAAUGUGGCAACUUCUCACCCACACUAUGACAGUGCUGGGAAUGUUCUCAACAUGGGCACUUCAAUAGUUGAUAAAGGGAAGACAAAAUACCUUCUAUUCAAGAUUCCUUCCUCUGUACCAGAACAAGAAAAGAAGAAAUCUUGUUUCAAGCACCUGGAAGUGGUUUGCUCCGUCCCUUCUCGCUCUCUGCUCCACCCCAGCUACUACCACAGCUUUGGAAUCACAGAGAAUUACAUCAUCUUCAUAGAGCAGCCCUUCAGACUGGAUAUUGUCAAAAUGGCAACUGCCUACAUCCGAGGAGUGAGCUGGGCCUCCUGCCUUGCCUUUAGCAAGGAUGAUAAGACUUGGUUUCACUUUAUAGACAGGAAGACUAAAAAAGAAGUGUCCACCAAGUUUUACACAGAUGCUUUGGUGUUUUUUCACCAUGUAAAUGCUUAUGAAGAGGAUGGCCAUAUUAUUUUUGAUAUCAUUGCCUAUACAGAUAAUAGCUUAUAUGACAUGUUUUAUUUAAAAAACCUGACUAAAGACUUUGAACAGAACACCAAACUUACCUCCAUACCAACCUGCAAAAGAUUUGUGGUUCCUCUGCAGUACGACAAGGAUGCUGCAGUGGAUUCUAAUUUAGUCACUCUUCCCUCCACUGCAACUGCUGUAAAGGACAAAGAUGGAAACAUCUAUUGCCAACCUGAAAUACUAUGUGAAGGGAUAGAACUGCCUCGCAUCAACUAUGACUAUAAUGGCAAAAAAUACAAGUAUGUCUUUGCAACACAGGUCCAGUGGAGUCCAAUUCCUACAAAGAUUGCAAAAUUUAAUACCCACACAAAGGAAAUGCUCCUCUGGGGACAGGACGACUGCUGGCCAUCUGAGCCUGUUUUUGUUCCCAGACCUGAUGCAAAAGAAGAGGAUGAUGGUGUUGUUCUGACCUGUGUUGUGAAGACUGAUCCAAAGGAUCCACCCUUCCUACUUAUCUUGGAUGCUAAAACUUUCACAGAGCUGGGUCGAGCCACAGUAAAUGUGGAAAUGCACAUGGACCUGCAUGGAAUGUUUAUACCACAGCAAGCCAUGAAAACUGAGACUGAGUGAAAUCUAUUUGUUGUAUUGCACAGACUGACAUAACCUCCUACUGAAUGUGGGGUAAUAUCCUCCAGGAACAGCCUUCUCUUAUGAUAAGAAAUGACUAAUUAUAAUCCACAUAUAAUCUCUUAAAAGAGACAGAAAUUACUUCAUUACAAAUUACUGUGUCUACAGCUGGUAUAUCACUAUUCCAAAAGAAGAAUUAUCAAUAUGAAGUGCUUUUGUUGAAUGCAGCUUGUGGGGCAAGGGACAGGAGACAAAGGUAACAAGAAAUGUUUUAUUUGAGUAGAACGAAGCUUUCUGAGCAGAUGGAGUACUGUAUUCACAGGGUGACACAUGGCAUGAGUCACACAUGUCUGCAGGUCAUGGAACUUCCAUGGGCUCUUGCAAGGCUGCAGCUGACAGUGAAAGUUGUCUCCUGCCAGAAAACCUCACGUUAAACUACCUACCAUGAUAGCAAUAAUUCAUGGCAAUGUAUUCUCUUGGUGCUUGAUUUCUUAAACCAUAACCAAAGUAUUAUGCUGAGGUGCUACAUUUUUCUUAUCCAGAACCUAACCUCCCCCAGCUUUUCUAAUGAUUUCAUGGUGUAUUUUUUGCUUUUAUGUUGACAGAAUCAAGUGCCUUUAUUGAAAUAGAGUACAUGGUUAUAUGUAGCAUUCAAUUAUACUUUAGUGACAUUCAGUCUUAAGCAGUUUGUAUUUAAAUCAGUAUUCCUUGGGCAGAAUAUCUGCCAUGGCAUUUCAUGUAAUUAGAUUGUGUAAAAGAUAAGAACUGUAGUAUUUGCUGUUGCCACUAGUCUCUGUUAGCAGCAGUAUGUCUGUGAAUGAGGGCAGUGUAUUUCUAGCAGAACUCAGACACACACGUGCAAUAAAUAGUUUAGGGAAAGAGUGAGAGAUCUGAUUUAGGCCUUAUCUGAACCCCACAGUAGCUGAACCAGAAGUUGUUAUUGCCAUAACUAAGCAUUGCCUUAUGUCUGCUUAGGGGUAUCCAGGUUCUCACAUGUUUAUCCUUGCCUGUACCAAAUGCUUCCCAAUAGAAGUGCACAACUUUCACUCACAGUCACAAUUUAAAACACAUUUCAGCAUAAAGUUCAAGUGCCAAGCACAGUGUGACUGGUUGUGUUACAGAAAUGGCAUUUCUUACCCCUCUGAGUGUAUUCCUGAUUUGAGGUAUUGACUUUUCUGUAAGUGAGAGGGUUUUUUUGCUUUGAACUGUAUUUUCUCAUUGUAGUUAUCUUUGCUGUUGGAAUCUCCAUCUUUACUGAUGGAGAAAACCAGGUGCACAUCCAUGCAUUUCGGAUGUCUGUCAGUCUGUCUGUAUCACCACACAGCUCAGGUACCUCUCACCUGGACACACACAUUCCCUCAGUGCCUGUGCUCUCACACUGUUCCAGGGGAAGGAAAGAGAAUGAAAUUAUUGACAUUUACUGCCUCCCCACCACAUGAAAAUCUGUGUUUGGUGACCUGUUUGUGGCAGAGCAGGAACUGAACCAACAUCAUCCACAGUUCCUGUCUGCUCUGGAACAACCACACCUCUGUUUCUCUGCUUAAGUCUUUGCACUUUGUUAGGAUAAAGAUAUGCAGGUUAUUUUUAAUGUAAAAACCCCAACAGUGUGGUCAGAUCUAGUUCAAGUAGGUUUGGGCAUUCAAAUGUGUUCGAUAAAAUGGAAAUAAACACUUCAGUAAGGUGUGUCUAAAGAAAUAGUCACUUUUAGUGUUUUCAGGGCAUAUUACCAUUAGUAUUUAAUAGCACUUUAUCUUCUAAUGAAGAAAUUUCAUUCCAUUUUUGUAAAUAAUAUGGAACCAGUACUGGAAGAGAAGAUUGACCUGUGAUAUUGGCAAAAGACAUCAGCUCUGUUUCUUUUCAUAUGAAAAAGUUUGGAUUUAAUGAAUGUCCACAAAUACAUUUCUAGGAUUACAAGGUGGCAAUGAAUCAAAAAUCUAACCAUUGUUACAAAUUCCCUUCUAAGAGUUUAUUCUCCAGAAUUUCUUCUGCAGUACUCACAGGGUUGUUUGUGGAUGAUCAUGGGUUUGGAAAUAAUUUUUACUGGUAGAGAUGACAGGGUAGAGGAUACACUCAUCAUAAAAACAACCUGUAGUCUAAGAAAGCAAAUGUGUUAUUUACAUUCAUGUAGAAAUAAUGCAGAAAAUAAAUGAUAAGAACUUGUCCUGGGUAUGAUUUUUUUAAAUGAGAUGUGCCAUAUUCCCUUGGUCAGUACUACACAGGAUUUGAUGAGCAUUAAGUUUGUAGUUAACCUGAGGAGAAAAACAGUGAUGUAAAUCUGCAUUUGCUAAUCCCAGCAUCCUCCUGCAGCAGAGACAAUAGGAAUAAAAGCAUACAGCUAAUCACAAAUUUGUUCAAGAAUGUUUGUAGUGGUUGCAAUUCCAAUCUGAUGAAACAUUUACCCUGAAUAGGGUAACACACUAUCAUUUCCAGGCUGACAGAAGCAAGGGGAAAUGCAGAUAUGCUUUGCCAAGUGGCUGCAAGACUUGUAGGGUGUUUUUGAUGUGGUAACAUGGCACGUGGUAAUGAGUGUCAUUUGGUUUGCUUCUGACACCCUUUGCUGUGAAUGAAAUCUCAAGGACUUCUUUUUUUGCACCAAUUUGUCAUAAAUUAGCCCAACAAAAUUCAUGGAGUUAUUAUAAUAAUGGCUUGACACAAAUCUAGAUGGAGUGAUUGCAAAUAAAAAAUAGUAAAGAUAAGUAUCUCCAUUAAAAUACAUAGUUGAGUGAGAGAAGCAGGCCACGGGUAUGCACACAUAUAAUUAAUUACCUCAGAGAUGCUACAAAUGGACCUUGAUAGAGUGGUUUGGUUUGUUGUUGUUUUGGUUUGGUUUAGGGUUUGUUGUUUUGGGGUUUUUUUGUUAAUGCACCCAUUAAAUGGAGCAAAUAACAAGGUAUAACAAUGAAUUUGUUCUCUGGAACUGAAUAUUAUCUGUUACACCUUGUCCCAUUGCCCCACAUAGGUAGCAGGAGGAAGCAGAAAUAGUGUUUACCAAGAGGUAUUAAAAACAGAAAUGCAACAAUGUUUUCCUCUGUACCAAUCUGUGCAAGUGGCAGGGAAACACACCAGCGUCUGUCUGCUCAAAUAACCAGGCCACUCAAUGACAGCUUUUGCAAUAAUUUAAGCCACUGCUCCCUUGGCUCUGCAAUUACCUGAGCAUUAAUGACAAGCAAAAUACAUCUUUCCCCUGCAGCCAAGGAGCAGUGUGCUCUCUGCCUUCAUUACCCUCAAAGAGAGCCGAGAAUGUCCUCUGGAACCCCAACCUACACCUGACAUCCUGGAUAAUUACACCCAAGCAGCAAAAAGUGGCUUUCUAAUAUCUCUAAAUGGCUGUGUACAACAAGUGUUGCAGAGCUGCUGGUGUUUCAUGCACAUUGCCGUGGGUUUAGGCCUUCUGUCCUACACUCUCUGCUUCUAAAACUCUUGUUCAGAGCUGCAGAAUGAACCUGCAGCACAGCGCUGCUCCCUGUGAAGGGAGCACCUCAGCACGGGCUCAGCUGUAAAGCUGUAAAGAAUUUAA